GAAGCCCUGGACAGCUGUGCUUACUAGUUUUCCAACACUGGCUGCGGUGAUCAAAAUCUGCAUUUCAUUGUUUUCUUUUGUUUAAAUUAAUUUUGAGAGAAAAUACCCAAUCAAUGGAGAGUGUGGAAGUCUUGAAAAAUACUUCAACUCCAGGAGAUGUUGUGCCGCCAAAGGCAUCCCUUCCCUUUACCUCACAUUGCGUCCAUUUGGAGGCGGGACCCUCGCAAUUUACUGUGCGCGCUCUAAAAAUGCAAGGCAGCACCAUGCUGUUUGUAAAUGCCAAGGAAUCGGAAGUUUUUGAGGAGUUAGCGGUGGCCAUGCCCUCUCGCAAUCCCGCCAGCAGCGAGUCAAUAUCCUCCACAAUUCUCGGCGGACACGGGCAGACCGAUUCCUCCGUUCUGGCUGCUAAGUUAAGCAAACGCUAUCACCGGCAAUUCUAUGUGAGCCUCAAUCUCAAACUGGACAGACUGGCGGGUCCUCUGUUCGAAAAGUCGCUAGUCACCUACAUGCAAGAGCAUCUGGAGCACUUCGCUUGAGUGGGUACUACGUAUAUGUGGGCUCGCCACCGAUGACACGGCGCCGCGUGGGGGUCACCAUCUAUUUCGGGGACCAGCGGCUAUACCCCACGGACACAGCACUACGUACUCGCACUCCACUCAACCACACUCCAUCGCACUAUCUGGGAUCUCCGAUUCCCGAUCUCCGCUCAGACGUCGUCAUGCGGCGGUCGAGUGAGCGCGAACUUUAAAAUAGAGAAACGUGUCGCAGAACCGAUUUUUGUACAAUAAAUUUAUUGCCCCUAAGUAA